AAUAAGUCUCCUCUUGUUUCUACUAUGCAUAUCUUCAAUAUUCUCUUCAAAUUUCUGCAUAUAUAUAACCAAUUUGAAAUAUCUGUAGCAGCCCCAAUAGAUGGCGCAGGCAAAUAGCAAUGGCAAAGAUAGUAGAUGGUCUCUUCACGGAAUGACUGCACUUGUCACUGGUGGAACCAAAGGAAUUGGGUACGCUAUUGUGGAGGAAUUGGCGGGGCUAGGUGCAACUAUACAUACUUGUUCUCGUAAUGAAGUUCAGCUUAACGACUGCUUGAGCCAAUGGAAAAUGAAGGGUUUUGAUCAAGUAACUGGUUCGGUAUGUGAUGUGGUCUCAAAAGCUCAACGAGAGGAGCUUAUAAACAAGGUCUCAUCACUAUUUCACGGCAAACUUAACAUCCUUAUAAACAACGUGGGAACUACCGACCUAAAACCAGCAAUCGAGAGCACAACUGAAGAUUACUCAUUUAUUAUGAGUACCAAUCUUGAAUCUGCUUACCAUUUUUCCCAACUUGCGCAUCCUCUUUUGAAAGCUUCAGGAGCUGGUAACAUUAUUUUUUUGUCUUCUGUUGCUGGCGUUGUAUCAGUUGGGGAGGGUGGAAGUAUAUAUGCUGCCACAAAAGGAGCAAUUAACCAGUUGGCAAAAAACUUAGCAUGUGAGUGGGCAAAAGACAACAUAAGGACCAACAGUGUUGCACCUUGGUUCAUCCGAACUCCCCUCGUUGAGCCUCUCUCGAACCCCGUUAGGACGGCCGGGAGAACCAGAAGAGGUGGCAGUCCUGGUGUCAUUUCUGUGCCUCCCUACAUCUUCUUACAUAGCCGGGCAGACUAUUUGCGCUGACGGGGGUAUGACCGUCAAUGGUUUCCUCUUCCAAGGAUAAUGAUUGCAAUUAAAGUUGAGCACAAAUUGAUUCGUCACUUUCCCAAUUUCUAGUGGGAGACUAUUGCUACUCUGUUCAAAGUGCUUUCUGUGUUAAGAAUUAUUGUUGUCUUUAUAUCUUCAGUAUAAGUUUGAAAUCCUAUUAUAUAGGAAGUCAAUUUUAUUUUUUUUCCACUUAUUCUUGGGGAGUAUCUUAAUUUCUUAAGAGUGUGUUAAUCGUGAAAUUAGUUCUUUCCCAUGUUUCUUGUUGAGUCUGGUGCUUGU